AGUCAAGCCUCAUCAGUGUCCCUACUGUGCCUACAUCACUUCCAAUUAUGCUCACCUCAUGAGACAUGUCCGCAUCCACACUGGGGAAAAGCCCUAUGCUUGUCCCUACUGUCCAUUCCGGGCUGCACAGAAGGAUAACCUAAAGAGGCAUGUUCGUACUCACACUGGGGAGAAGCCCUUUGCCUGUGAUCAUUGUCCCUACACCUUCUCUGAGAAGAGCAACCUCAAGAAUCAUAUGCGAAGUCACCAUAGUUAAGGUGAGAGUGGAAGGUCAGAGGCUGAGGACGCACAGGAGUGGACAGUCGGGAGGCCAGAGGAGCCACGGCGCCUCCAUGAAGGUGCACCAAUGUGAUCACUGCCCUUAUUCAACUGUAGUCAAGUCCAACCUGAUAAGACAUGUGAGGAGUCACACUGGGGAGAAGCCCUUUUCGUGCCCUCAGUGUGUAUACACAACUACAAUUAAGGACAACUUGAAGCGACACGUCCUUACACACACUGGAGAGAAGCCCUUUGCUUGUCCCUUGUGUUCCUACCGCUCCAUACAGAAGAUCCACCUCACCUCGCACCUCCGGACACAUUGCAACAGUGCCGGUGAUGCUUUUUUCAAUAAUGCACAGUGAUAUGUACUAAGUCAUUCCUUGUGAAAGGUGCAAACUUUCUUUUGCCGAUACUAUUUAGGUCUAUGUGAUGUGAUUUUUUUUCCAUUUCCAAUGAGAUAGAAGAUAUAUAUAAUUACAUAGUAUUAUGUAUAUGUACAACUAUAGAGGUAUUUUCAGUCAGUGUCAUUUAGAUUUAGUUAUAUAUAAACCAUAAACGUUACCUUUUUUGGAAGAACACUUUGAAAAUAUUAUUAUACAAAGAAAAAUUUUAUUCCAUUGUUUGUCUGUAGUAAUGACAGAAUUAAGAAUUACUCCCAAGUUGGAAUGUCUCAACAACAUUCACUCUCCUCAACUGCCACGGUGCUGUGCUGUGCAGCUCUGACUGCCAGCACCUGUGCUUGAACCUUCAUGAUGGAUCCUCACCCUCCUCCUCCCUCUUCUCUCUCUCUCUCUCUCUCUCUCUCUCUCUCUCUCUCUCUCUCUCUCUCUCUCUCUCUCUCUCUCUCUCUCUCUCUCUCUCUCUCUCUCUCUCUCUCUCUCUCUCUCUCUCCUUUUUUUUCCAGAUGAAAAUGGCUUUCACUACAGUAAUUAAGACAUUUCAUCUUAAUUUAUGUAAUCUUCUGUUUCACUGAGUAUUAUAUGCUUUUGUAGAACAAUUUCUGCAUUUGUCAUUGAGCCAAGCUCAGCAACCCACUCCAUUAUUCACUACUCUCUUUCAAUUAGUCUGUGUGUGGAUCAACUCUUUUCUAAAGUGAUAUAUUGUAAGGCUUGUACCCAAGUGGAUGUUAGCAGUUUGUAUGCGUAGUUAUGUGUAUGUACUAUGUUAUUGUGCAUGGUAUAUAAUAUAUAUAUUUAUUAUCUAAAAUAUAUUUUUGUUUACAAUUUCCAGUACUAGUGAUGUAAUAUUGUAUAUGCAUACCUGAAUAGAUAAAUUUUGCAUAAAAUGAAUUCUUGUAUGGCAAUAAAACAUGAACUUAG